GCAGGUGGAGGGAGCAGGCAAAGUUUGGCCGGCGCUAGCGGGCGGCGGCGGCGGCGGCCGGGGCUGCGGGCACCGCUGCGGGCAGGGCUCGGGCGGGGGCCGCCUCGCCUCUGCGCUCGCGUUGCGUGCGGGCCGCGUCCCCGCUGCCAUGGCCGAGGACCCCAGCGCCCUGCCCUGGUCCAUCAACAAGGAUGACUACGAGCUGCAGGAGGUGAUCGGGAGUGGAGCAACUGCCGUGGUGCAGGCAGCCUUUUGCGUUCCAAAGAAAGAGAAGGUGGCAAUUAAACGGAUCAAUCUGGAGAAAUGUCAGACGAGCAUGGAUGAACUCCUGAAAGAAAUUCAAGCCAUGAGUCAGUGCCAUCACCCUAACAUUGUAUCUUACUACACGUCCUUUGUGGUGAAAGAUGAGCUUUGGCUGGUGAUGAAGUUACUUAGUGGAGGCUCAGUUUUGGAUAUUAUAAAACAUAUCGUGGCCAAAGGAGAACACAAGAACGGUGUCCUGGAUGAACCCUGUAUAGCCACAAUCCUUAAGGAGGUGCUGGAAGGGCUGGACUAUUUGCAUAAAAAUGGGCAAAUCCACAGGGAUGUGAAAGCAGGAAAUAUUCUUCUUGGAGAAGAUGGCUCAGUGCAAAUUGCAGACUUUGGUGUUAGCGCGUUUUUGGCCACUGGUGGUGAUAUUACGAGAAAUAAAGUCAGAAAAACUUUUGUGGGUACACCUUGCUGGAUGGCACCGGAAGUUAUGGAGCAGGUCAGAGGAUAUGAUUUCAAGGCAGACAUCUGGAGCUUUGGAAUCACUGCUAUCGAACUGGCUACGGGGGCAGCUCCUUACCAUAAAUACCCACCAAUGAAGGUUUUAAUGCUGACGCUACAAAAUGAUCCUCCAUCUUUGGAGACUGGUGUGCAAGAUAAGGAGAUGCUGAAGAAGUAUGGGAAGUCAUUUAGGAAGAUGAUUUCAUCGUGCCUACAGAAAGACCCUGAAAAAAGACCUACAGCAGCUGAACUAUUAAGACACAAAUUUUUCACAAAAGCAAAGAAUAAAGAAUUUUUACAAGAGAAGAUGUUGCAGAGAGCACCAACAAUCACUGAAAGAUCCAAAAAGGUCCGGCGAGUCCCAGGUUCCAGUGGGCGCCUUCAUAAGACUGAAGAUGGUGGCUGGGAAUGGAGCGAUGAUGAACUAGAUGAAGAAAGUGAGGAAGGCAGAGCAGCAAUUUCACAGCUCAGGUCUCCCAGAGUGAAAGAAUCUGUACAGAAUUCUGAGCUGUUCCCAUCAGCUGAGCCUCAAGGUCCUUCACUCAAUAUUCCAGUACAGACAUCUACUCAACUACCUCAGGCAGCAGGGCAAGUACCUGCACAACCUCAAGCUGCUGCCCCUGCACCUAGUCAGGCUCCUACAGCAGCAGCAGCCCUGGCCCCACCUGCCCCUGCUGCAGCCUCGGUACAAGAAGAUACGAAGGUCCCCAUCAGCCUUGUACUAAGGUUAAGGAAUUCGAAAAAAGAACUCAAUGAUAUUCGUUUUGAAUUUACCCCAGGGAGAGAUACUGCUGAUGGUGUAUCUCAAGAACUCAUUUCAGCAGGUCUUGUUGAUGGCAGAGAUCUGGUAAUAGUUGCAGCUAAUUUGCAGAAAAUUGUGGAAGAGCCCCAAGCAAACAGAUCCGUCACUUUCAAACUGGCGUCUGGUGUUGAAGGCUCGGAUAUUCCUGAUGAUGGCAAACUUAUAGGAUUUGCACAGCUCAGCAUCAGCUAAACAAUGGUCCCAGGAGAUGUUUCCCAACGAGAACCCACAUGUGCAUAUUUGUAAUGCUUCUGUUAGCCUAAAAAAACCACUACUGCCAAAGAAUUGAACUACAGCCCCCUUCCUAGAAGCUUUAACGAUGUUUCCUUAAUAGGAUCACAAACCUUCCUGAAAUUACCGAUGGCGUUUACACCUUUUGUAAACAACUCUCAUGUUUUUGUAUCUGUCAUCUCAGACAUGCAGAUCCAACGCAUCAUUGCCUGCAUGUUCAUUUCUUUAUUGCCUUACUUUAAAGAAAAAUACUACUGAGUACGAAGCAGGGGGUUCCACUGCUCUGGUGAUCUUGCCUAAAUGUUUGCUUACAUGUGGUUUCAUUUUUUUUCACUUGCUAUUUUUGCACAAGUUUUAAUACUGAACAGAUCUUUUUUGUUCUUCACCUGUUUCUCCUUCCGUCGAAACACCAAUGUGUACAUGGUCACUUGGAGUACUGAGUCACUUGGAGUACUGAGAAAUCUGCUUCUCUUCAGCUGUGUUUUUAAAACUCCGCUGGUUUGAGUGCGUGUGUCGGAGAAAGAAAGCCAAGUCUUAAUCUACAGAAGGGAGCGCAUUCUUUCCGUAUGUUUGAGUUUUUGAGAAGUUCCUCGAUUUUGAGGUGUUGGAAGCCAGCUUUCAUUUGUAAACUGCCUUAAUUUUUUUUUUUUUUUUUUUUUUUUUUACCAUUUUGGUUCUCUCCACAUGAGUGCCAGGGAUGGCAUGAGGGCUGAACCUUUUAAUUUACAUUAAGCAAUCCUUCCUCAAAACAUGUCUUUCAUUAUGCAUCCUUAGAUGUAGUCUCUUAAAGCAGAAGAAUAAUGCAUUUCUGUUUGGAAACGGAUUUCAGAUGAUCCACAAACUAUCGAUGGUCAGAAGGUGAUGAAUUCUGCGUCACUCAGCGUUUGGAAAAUACGCACUUCAAAUUGUCCUUGAAACCCGGUCUGUGAUGCCUGGCUGUGCAAAUCCUCCCUGAUGCAUUCCCAAGUCCAUUGCACACUGGUACACGUGGAACCAUCCCUGUUGUGUUUUACAGCAAUAAAGAAUCGCCGGUAGAGCGGUAUACUAGGCAAGCGAGCUCCGAACUGUCCCUGCUGCACUACUCGCUUGGGUUGUCUGCCUUCUCUUCGAUCCAGGCCUCGACAUUUGAUCAGGAUGUCACUGCAACCAUGUAACUCACGUUUAGGUGUUGUUUCUAUGUGGUGUUUCCUUUGAAUUUCUACAUGAAUAAUAUAAAUUAUAUUUUGUGUUUGAUAAGAGACACUUGUAAUGCAAUAUGUGAAUAAUAAAUGGUGUUGAUUAUUUUUUUUUC